AUGUCUCUAUGCUCCGAGGUCCAUGAGCCACCAUACAGAGUCCAACAGAGAGGGGACUCAAAGGCCCACCCCAGCCGCAAGCGCAUUAUCAUCUGCUGCGACGGAACAUGGCAAUCCGCCGUCUCAGGCAAGAAAAACGUCCCAUCUAAUGUGACGCGACUCUGUCGCGCUCUGAACAGUGUCGGAACCGACGAACACGGGAAUCAAUGGCAACAAGUAGUCUGGUAUGAUUCCGGAAUUGGUACAACCUCGGGUCCGUUGGGACAAAGGAUCGAAGGCGCCAUUGGCCUAGGCCUGGAAGGAAAUGUCCUCGAAGCGUAUAACUUCUGUGUCCUGAAUUACAAACCCGGCGAUCAGAUUAUGUGUUUUGGUUUCUCGAGGGGCGCAUUCACGGCCCGCGCCAUUGCUGGUUUGAUCUCGGAUAUUGGCAUUUGCAGUAAACAUGAUCUGAACCGAUUUCCUGAUCUCUGGGAGGUGUAUAAGAAAAAUACGCCCGGAGAGCGCUUCUAUUGCAGUGACCUCUGGUUCGAGUGGAUGGAUGGAAAGGCGGAUGAGAAUCAGGGCGCUCGAGGCGAGACUUUCGUAUUUGAAAAGCGUCCCGAGGGCGACUGGGCUCAGGAGGGGUCAAGGGAUGUGGAAGUUGUUGGCGUUUAUGAUACCGUCAGCGCUAUUGGAAUGCCGGAGGUGCUGGGAAUGAAGCUUCCAUCGUGGCUCUCGUGGUGGUCGCGUAAGGGUGGGUGCGAAAAUGUUGGACUUUCACCUAAUGUCAAACAUGCAUUCCAGGCUUUGGCCCUCGAUGAACACCGCAACGCCUUUUCUCCUACUCUAUGGUACCUCCAAAAACUUGGAAAUGUCACUUCAGAGCAGAUACAAAUCCAGAAAAGCGUGGUCGAUCAGAAAGCUCAAAAGUGGGACGACAUCUUGCAAGAUGCAAUCCGCCUCAAGGAUAGCGGCAACGCUAGCGAUGAGGACGUCAACAAGGCAGCCCGGAAACUAAACGAGACCGCCAGAGCUUUGAACCAGGAGGCCCGAAAGCUCCUAAAGUUGGAAGACGACUACAAACACCAGAACAACCCCCGAACAUUGACACAGGUGUGGUUCCCUGGUUAUCAUAUCAACAUUGGCGGAGGCUCGGGUGAAACCCUCAAAGGUGAGGGUGAUAUGGAAGAAAUGUCUAAUAUCACCUUCUCCUGGAUGCUGGACCAGAUCAAACCCUACUUGUCAUUUAACGAGGGGUCUCUCCAAGAGGAAAGAGAAGAGAGAGAAUACUACAUUUCAACGCUUGUGGAAGACACAGCCCGUGAGUCCUUAGGAGGUUGGGCUCGGCGCAAGCUUGCAGCAAUAGCCUCGGCUUUCAAACUCAAACAACCCUCCACGUCUCCUGUGGAGUCUGUGAACAAGCGACGCAGCUAUGGCUGGGGAACAGGCGCGCUAGAAGACAGCUUUACAGCAUUUUACUACCUCAACGGGUCGGAGAGGCGCAGGCCUGGAAACAAUGAUCCUUUCGACAAAGAUGGAAAUCUGCUAGGAGAGACUUUUGAGUUUGUUCAUCCAGUGGUGGGAUUUAGGGCGAAGCAGAUCAAGGACUACAAGCCGAUUGGGCGUGAUGUUAAAUUUUGUCGCCGGAAAGUGGUUGACAGGAAUGGCCGCCCUGCUUACGUCUAUGAUCUGGGGGAUGCUCGCAAGCCUGUGCCCGAGUGGCGCUUAGGAGGAGUUGACUCUUAUGAGAGGCUUGCCAUCACCAGCAAGGCCGCAUAUGAUUAUGUCGACGAACUAGAUCUAGAUUUGAAGACUGGGAUCAAGACACCCCGCCGGUCUGUCUGCGGAGUCCAAGAUGUUGACCUCGGCAUUGAAGUCCCCAACGCUGGGGGCUUGCAACAGGAGGAUUUCAAAUCGGAGCAAUCUCAACAGGGAAGUCUCCAAUCGACGGGCUUUGGAACUAAGGAGAUGCUAUUGAGGAGCUCAGAUGUUUCCUACACCGCGGAGGCAGUAACUCCUAUAUGA